GGAUUGGGUUUCAGUAUGCCACAACCGUCCUUCACCAUAGGUAACUCGUGUUACUUGAACAAUUCCAAUGGCUCCAAGUCCGGACACUAUCCGCCAAAUCAUCCGCUCAGCAUCUCCAAACACCUGUGCAACAUCUGUGGCGACAGAGCCAGUUGGAAACACUACGGCGUGUACAGCUGCGAAGGCUGUAAGGGGUUUUUCAAGACAAUAGUUAGGAAAGAUUUGACUUAUGCAUGCCGUGAAGAUCGCCAGAGCUUGAUUGACAAGCGUCAGAGAAGUCGGCGUCAGUAUUGCCGCUAUCAGAAAUGCCUUCAAAUGGCCAUGAAGCGAGAAACCAUUCAAGAAGAGAGGCAACGCAACCAGGAAAAGGGAGAAAUGGAUAUGUAUGCCACCAGUGGUGGACAAGGUGACAUGCCAAUCGAUCGAGUUUUGGAUGCCGAAAAACGUGUCGAGUGCAAGGACGAGACCCAGGUGAAUUCAGCCACUGCCGCUCUAGGCAAUAUAUGCGCUGCUACAGAUAAGCAACUUUUCCAACUGGUUGAGUGGGCUAAACACAUCCCACAUUUCACGGAAUUGCCCUUUGAUGACCAAGUCGUUUUGCUCAGAGCUGGUAAUAAUAUCCAUAUCAACACUCUUUCCUAUCAACACUCAAUAACUACACUACAAAGAAAAAUCAAGGGAAAAGGGUAUGCUUUAGUUGUGCACCUGAAUCCCAUCAACUUUUUAACUUUUGCUGCCGUUUACGUAAUAUCUCAUCAACUUUAUCCUCACCAUAGAGCGGCAAUCUCGAAAAAAUGAA